UUUUGUUCGUGUUCUCCCAGCAUCUAGUCUGAGUUCACUUCCAUAAGGUGCUGUAUAGUUGGGAAAGAGGAAGGGGCUGGCGAUGUCCCAGUCCAGGUGUCUCAGUCGGGGUGUCCCAGUCCAGGUGGCAGGGAGUUGUGCAGGGGGGCCCCCUGCUCACAGUUUGCUUGCCCCUCACAGCUCUGCCUAAGCUCUACCCUGCUCUUCCCUGAGGAAUAAAUCUGCCAGUGGGAAUGGCCCCCGGCCCCGGGCCCCUUAAAGCCCGUACCUCUCAGGAGCCAGUGACCUUCCAGGAUGUGGCCGUGGUCUUCACACAGGAAGAGUGGUGUUACCUGGACCCUUCUCAGAAGGAGCUGUACCGAGACGUGAUGCUGGAGAAUUACAGAAAUCUGCUCUACCUGGGACUUGUGGUUUCCAAACCAGAUGUGAUUUACCAGUUUGAACAAGGAGAAGCCUCUUGGAGGCCAGACUCAGAGAGCACCUACUCAGAUGGGGAGACUGGGCCUAAAUGCAGAGAGUCAGCUCAAAAUCUGAACAUUUCUGUGCAGCAUUCAUCCACAAACAAACUCACAAAGUCUAGUCUUUGCGUCUUCAGCCUGAAAGAACCCUGGGAAUUUGAUGUCUUGUUAGGAAAACCGAAGAGCACUAGGAACAAAAAUUCCCAGGAAGUAAGAAUCCUCCAAAAGCAAACUUCCAAACAUGUGAUAAUCAGUGAAUGUAAUAAAAACAGCCAAAGCCUCAGUCUAGAACCAAAACUCUUUCCAAAACAAAUAUCUAUAGAAAAGAAUCUUCACAGAUGUAAUGACCUCACAAAAAGCUUCAUUUCAUCCUCAGACUCAAGGAAAUGUAAUAGAUUCUGCUCGAAGGAGAAGUUUUCUCAGGACAAUGAAUGUGGGAAAUCCUUUGAUUCUAAAUUAGAUUUUACUGAGUAUCAAAGACUCUAUCAUGGAAAGAAAUCUCAUGAUCAUAAUGAACAAGAAAAAACCAUCAGUCUCCGGCCAUUUACUCUUUCCUAUCAGUCAAUUGAUGUUGGAGAAAAAACCCCUAAAUGUAAUAAUUUGGGGGAAGAUUACCCCAAAACUAUAAAACUUAUUGAACCGAGGCUUCACACUGAAGAAAAGGCUUAUGAAUGUAGUGACUGUGGGAAGGCCUUCCGCCUGAGGGAGCCCCUUCUUCAACACCAGAGAAUUCACAGUGGAGAGAAGCCUCAUAAGUGUGAUGAAUGUGGGAAAACCUUCAGCCAGAGAGGACAUCUUACUCUACACCAGAGAAUUCACACUGGCGAGAAACCUUACGAAUGUAAAGACUGUGGGAAGGCCUUCCGUCUGAGAGACCCCCUCACUCAGCAUCAGCGGAUUCAUACGGGAGAGAAGCCCCAUAAGUGUGACGAGUGUGGGAAGGCUUUCUCUGUGAGAACAGAUCUUACCAGACACCAGAGGAUCCACACUGGAGAGAAGCCCUACAAAUGUGGGGAAUGUGAGAAGGCCUUCCGCGUCAGGGCAGAGCUCACCCGCCACCAGAGAGUCCACACUGGGGAGAAGCCUUAUGAAUGUGGUGACUGUGGGAAGGCCUUCCGCCUGAGCAAAGACCGCACCCGUCACCAGAGAAUUCACACUGGGGAGAAGCCUUACGAAUGUGGUGACUGUGGGAAGGCCUUCUGUCGCAGAGAACCCCUCCUGCAACACCAGAGAAUCCAUACUGGGGAGAAGCCGCAUGAGUGCAGCGAGUGUGGGAAGGCCUUUGGGCUCAAGAGACAGCUUGUGGAACACCAGAGAAUUCACAGCGGAGAGAAGCCUCAUAAAUGUCACGAGUGUGGGAAGGCCUUCUUUGUCAGGACGGAUCUUACCCGACAUCAGAGGAUCCACACUGGGGAAAGGCCUUACGAGUGCAACGAAUGUCAGAAAGCCUUCCACGUGAAAACAGAGCUCACGAGACAUCAGAGGCUUCAUACUGGAGAAAAGCCGUACGAAUGUAGUCAAUGUGGGAAGACCUUCCGCCUGAGCAAAGAGUGCAGCCGGCACCAGAGAAUUCAUACUGGUGAGAAACCGUACAAAUGUAGUCAGUGUGGGAAGGCCUUCUGUGUGAAGACAGAGCUCAACCUCCACCUGAGAAUUCACACUGGAGAGAAGCCGUAUAAGUGCAGUCAGUGUGGGAAGGCCUUCCGUCUGAGCACACAGCUCACCCAACACCAGAGAAUUCACACCGGAGAGAAACCCUACAAAUGCAAUCACUGUGGAAGGCCUUCCGCCUGAGCACACAGCUCACCCAACACCAGAGAAUUCACAUUGGAGAGGAACUUGAUGAAUAACUACAUGGAAGGCCUAGUGAGGCAAAAAGCAAAUGCUUUACCUAACAGUUUUUUUUUUUUCCACUGAGGGUGAAAAGGCCUGCCUGAGUGCACGUAGGGCCUGAUAUAAGCUCGUAGGUCUAGAAUGGAAGAAGACCCCAGAGACCAUCAGAUCCGUCUCCUCAUUUAUAAUUAAAGAAAUGGGGCCGAGGGAGAGAAGUGCCAUGUCAGGAGUCCCAGCAGUGAGGGCAGUAUGAAUUCAGGCCUCAUGAUCCAAGUCCAGUAACUUUCUACUGAAUCAUGCUGCCUCCUCUAAAUAUGGUGGAGAGAAACUAUUUCAGCAGCACAAGUGGGAAAGGGCUUUCUUCCAGAGCACAGAGCAUUCUUGAUAUCAUCAGAAAAAGCCCUAUGUUAGAUGAUUCGGUAAGGCCUUCUGCUUCAGUGUGUAACUGACCCCAAAUCAGAGAACUCUUGGGGAGAAAUUUUAUGAACGUCAUUAACAGAGGAAGACCUUCCUGAGAGAACAGUUCACUCAGUCCUGCAGAGUUUGUGUGAGAGAGAACUCAAGAAUAUAUGAAUGUGGGAUCGUAUUCCCUACAAAUGCAGAGCUUACAUGACUUCACAGAAUUCAUAUUAGAGAAAUUUUAUUCUAAAGAACACGGACCUCUUAAUGGAAUGGAGAAUUUGACAUCAGAGCAUUUCUGUUGAAGAGAUUCUGUUUGGAAUGCACGUGGGAAGGCUUUGCCAAUGCAAGCUUAUGCUACAUCAAAGAAUCUACACUGGAGAAGAGACUCAUGAAUGAAAUAAACCUAUCACCUUCUGCCACAGUUAACAUUAUGCUCAACCAUUAGUUUAUACUGAAGAAAGAAACAUGAUAAACCCCUUCAAUCAGAAGUUACACCUUUACUUGUUCAAAACAAAAAAGACUUUUGUGAUCAUGUAAGUUUAGAAAACUUUCUGUUCUAUAAAAAACCCAUGAAUUUUCAAAUCCUCUUCAGUUAUGUCACAUCAGCCUAAACAACGCUAGAAUGUUUUGUAAUGUAUUAUUUCAUUGUGGCUUUAGGAAAAGAACUGUCAUUUCCCAACAAAUAGAUGAAUAAAAAAGCAUUUAUUAAAUUCUGAA